UCUCUCACACACGCACCCGCAGCAGCAGAGCCCCCGCCGCCGCUCACACACACACACGCCGCCCGGAACACUCGGACGUUUCUCUCCGACGCGCAGGAUAUUUCUCCGGAGCAGCGUUGACGGCUGUCGGCUGAUGCGCAUCUCAGCCUGAAAUGCGCCAGUAGAGGAUCCGAAAAGCUGUGAAGAUCAGCAGACAUCCAAGACUCCGCUCUUCUCAGCAAUAAGGUGUUGCUGCAACAUCUGCCCACGCCGCUUGCAAAGAUGGUGGCGUUGUCGCUGAAAAUCUGCGUGCGCCAAUGCAACGUCGUGAAGACGAUGCAGUUUGAGCCCUCCACAGCCGUCUACGAUGCCUGCCGGAUCAUCAGAGAGAGGGUCCCGGAGGCUCAGACGGGACAGGCCUCCGACUACGGCCUGUUUCUGUCGGAUGAAGACCCCCGGAAAGGCAUCUGGUUGGAAUCUGGAAGGACACUGGAUUACUACAUGCUCCGUAACGGUGACAUCCUCGAGUACAAGAAGAAACAAAGACCCCAGAAAAUCAAAAUGCUGGAUGGGGCUAUUAAAACAAUUAUGGUGGACGACUCCAAAACUGUGGGAGAGCUGUUGGUGACUAUAUGCAGUAGAAUAGGUAUCACAAACUAUGAAGAAUAUUCUCUGAUCCAAGAGACGGUGGAGGAGAAAAAGGAGGAUGGGAUGGGGACGCUAAAGAAAGACAGGACACUCCUGCGUGACGAGAGGAAGAUGGAGAAGUUGAAAGCCAAACUACAUACAGAUGAUGACUUGAACUGGCUGGACCACAGCAGGACGUUCAGGGAGCAGGGGGUGGACGAGAACGAGACUCUCCUGCUGCGGCGCAAGUUUUUCUACUCGGACCAGAACGUCGAUUCCCGAGACCCGGUCCAACUCAACCUGCUCUACGUGCAGGCUCGGGAUGAUAUCUUAAACGGUUCCCACCCUGUGUCAUUCGACAAAGCCUGCGAGUUUGGAGGAAUUCAGGCCCAGAUCCAGUUUGGACCUCACAUCGAGCAUAAACACAAGCCUGGAUUCUUAGAUCUGAAGGAGUUUCUACCCAAAGAGUACAUAAAGCACAGAGGAGCUGAGAAGAGAGUCUUCCAGGAACACCACAACUGUGGAGAAAUGACAGAAAUCGAAGCUAAAGUGAAGUACGUCAAACUGGCUCGUUCUCUGCGGACGUAUGGCGUCUCCUUCUUUUUGGUUAAAGAAAAGAUGAAGAGUAAGAACAAGUUGGUACCACGGCUUUUGGGCAUUACCAAAGAGUCUGUGAUGAGAGUGGACGAGAAGACCAAAGAUGUGGUUCAAGAGUGGCCGCUCACGACUGUGAAGAGGUGGGCAGCAUCACCCAAGAGUUUCACCUUGGACUUUGGGGAGUACCAGGAGAGCUACUACUCGGUGCAGACCACUGAAGGGGAGCAGAUCUCCCAGCUCAUUGCAGGUUACAUCGACAUCAUCCUGAAAAAGAAGCAAAGCAAGGACCGCUUUGGGUUAGAAGGAGAUGAGGAGUCAACCAUGCUUGAAGAAUCCGUGUCCCCGAAAAAGUCCACCAUCCUCCAGCAGCAGUUUAACCGCGUGGGCAGGUUGGAGCACGGCUCUGUGGCGCUGCCGGGAGUCAUGCGAUCCGGCUCCAUCGGCGCAGAGUCGCUCAGCAUGGGUACCAUGCCCUCUGCUCAGCAGCAGAUCACCAUGGGUCAGAUGCACCGUGGACACAUGCCGCCGCUGAGUUCAGCACAGCAGGCUCUCAUGGGAACCAUCAACACCAGUAUGCAAGCUGUGCAGAAAGCUCAGAUAGACCUGGGAGAGGUGGACGACCUCCCGCCGCUGGGACAGGACAUGGCCUCGAAGGUGUGGAUCCAGAACAAGAUGGACGAAUCCAAACAUGAAAUCCACUCCCAGGUGGACGCCAUCACCGCAGGGACGGCCUCCGUCGUGAACCUCACCGCUGGUGAUCCCACCGACACGGACUACACAGCGGUGGGCUGUGCCAUCACCACCAUCUCCUCCAACCUGACCGAGAUGUCAAAGGGUGUCAAGCUGUUGGCUGCACUGAUGGAGGAUGAUGUGGGGGGAGGCAACAACCUGAUGAAGGCUGCCAGGGGCCUUGCAGGGGCCGUGUCCGACCUGCUGAAGGCUGUGGAGCCGGCCUCUGGGGAGCCCAGACAGACUGUUCUGACGGCAGCCGGCACCAUCGGUCAGGCCAGCGGAGACCUUCUACGCCAGAUUGGAGAGGGGGAGACAGACGAGAGGUUCCAGGAUGUCUUGAUGAAUCUGGCCAAAGCAGUUGCAAACGCUGCCGCCAUGUUGGUGCUGAAGGCCAAGAAUGUGGCCCAGGUUGCAGAGGACACCGUCCUGCAGAACCGGGUCAUCGCUGCCGCCACGCAGUGCGCCCUGUCCACCUCCCAGCUGGUGGCAUGUGCAAAGGUGGUGAGUCCGACCAUUAGUUCCCCGGUUUGCCAGGAGCAGUUGAUCGAAGCCGGGAAGCUGGUGGACCGUUCGGUGGAGAGCUGCGUCCAGGCCUGUCUCUCAGCCACAGAAGAUGGCGAGCUCCUCAAACAGGUGAGCGCAGCGGCCAGCGUGGUGAGCCAGGCCCUGGCAGAUCUUCUGCAACACGUGCGUCAUUACACGUCCAGGGGAGAGCCGAUCGGGCGCUACGACCAGGCCACAGACACCAUCAUGACGGUCACCGAGAGCAUCUUCACCUCAAUGGGAGACGCAGGAGAGAUGGUCCGCCAGGCCCGGGUCUUGGCUCAGGCCACCUCAGACCUGGUGAACGCCAUGAGGUCGGACGCCGAAGCCGAGGUGGACGUAGACAACUCUAAGAAACUGCUGGCAGCCGCCAAACUGCUGGCAGAUGCCACCGCGAGGAUGGUGGAGGCAGCAAAGGGCGCAGCGGCGUACCCUGAAAACGAGGACCAGCAGCAGCGACUGAGAGAGGCUGCAGAGGGUUUGCGUGUGGCUACCAACGCUGCUGCUCAGAAUGCCAUCAAGAAGAAACUGAUCAACAGGCUGGAGAAUGCCGCCAAGCAAGCUGCUGCUGCCGCCACGCAGACCAUCGCUGCGGCUCAGAACGCUGCCGCCUCCAACAAGAACACGGCCGCUCACCAGCAGCUGGUGCAGAGCUGCAAGGCCGUGGCAGACCACAUCCCACAACUUGUCCAGGGAGUACGAAGCAGUCAGGCCAAACCAGAAGACCUCAGCGCGCAACUAGCCCUCAUCAUCGCCAGCCAGAACUUUCUACAGCCUGGUAGUAAGAUGGUGACCUCGGCCAAGUCGUCUGUUCCCACGGUGACGGAUCAGGCGGCAGCCAUGCAGUUGGGCCAGUGUGCCAAAAACCUGGCCACCUGCCUGGCUGAGCUGAGGACUUCUGCACAGAAGGCUCACGAGGCUUGCGGCCCCAUGGAGAUCGACUCUGCGCUGACUGCCAUCCAGACCCUGAGAAGUGAGCUACAUGACGCCAAGCUGGCUGCUGCCAAUGCCCAGCUGAAACCUCUCCCUGGAGAAUCGCUGGAGAAGUGUGCUCAGGAUCUGGGCAGCACUUCCAAGUCGGUGGGAUCCUCCAUGGCUCAGCUGCUCACCUGUGCUGCUCAGGGAAAUGAACACUUUACCGGAAUAGCAGCCAGAGAGACGGCCCAGGCCCUGAAAACUCUGGCCCAGGCCGCCCGUGGCGUCGCCGCUUCCACCACGGACCCCAGCGCCGCAGCGGCCAUGCUCGACUCCGCCCGGGACGUCAUGGAGGGAUCGGCGCUCCUCAUCCAUGAAGCCAAGCAGGCGCUGAUCUCUCCCGGGGACGCUGAGAGCCAGCAGAGGCUGGCACAGGUGGCCAAAGCCGUCUCUCACUCCCUGAAUAACUGUGUCAACUGCCUGCCCGGCCAGAAGGAUGUGGAUAUGGCUCUAAAGAGCAUUGGGGAGGCCAGCAAAAAGCUGCUGAUUGAAACUAUCCCGCCGGCCUCCAAGUCCUUUCAGGAGGCCCAGAAUGAGCUCAACCAAACGGCAGCUGACCUGAACCAGUCAGCGGGAGACGUGGUGCACGCCUCCAGAGGUUCCAGCAGCCAGCUGGCCGUGGCCUCCGGGAACUUCAGCCAAGACUUUGAUGAGUUCCUGGACGCUGGCAUCGAGAUGGCUGGGCACACGCAGAAAAAGGAUGACCAGGUACAAGUGAUCGGUAACUUGAAGAACAUCUCCAUGGCUUCCAGCAAACUCCUCCUGGCGGCUAAAAGCCUGUCUGUAGACCCAGCAGCAGCCAACGCCAAGAACCUGCUCUCUGCUGCAGCAAGAGCUGUGACGGACAGCAUCAACCAGCUGAUCACUCUGUGUACGCAGCAGGCGCCCGGCCAGAAGGAGUGUGACAACGCCCUGCGAGAGUUGGAGGCAGUCAGAGGAAUGCUGCACAACCCGAGUGAACCGGUCAGCGACCUCUCUUACUUCGACUGCAUCGAGAGUGUGAUGGAGAACUCCAAGGUUCUGGGAGAGUCCAUGGCUGGUAUUUCUCAGAACUGCAAAACCGGAGAUGUGCCUGCAUUUGGGGACUGUGUGGGCUCGGCUUCCAAAGCCCUGUGUGGCCUGACUGAGGCUGCAGGACAGGCUUCCUACCUGGUGGGCGUGUCUGACCCCAACAGUCAGGCCGGGCAGCAGGGGCUGGUGGAUCCCAUUCAGUUUGCCAAAGCCAACCAGGCCAUUCAGAUGGCGUGUGAGAACCUCGUGGACCCAAAAAGCAGUCCUUCCCAGGUGCUCUCAGCAGCCACCAUCGUGGCUAAGCACACUUCAGCUCUGUGCAACGCCUGCCGCCUGGCGUCCUCCAGGACCACUAACCCGGUUGCCAAGAGACACUUUGUCCAGUCUGCCAAGGAGGUGGCUAACAGCACUGCCAACUUGGUCAAAACCAUAAAGGCUUUAGAUGGCGAUUUUUCAGAGGAAAAUAGGAGCAGGUGUCACGUCGCCACGGCUCCCUUAAUAGAAGCUGUGGAAAACCUGACAGCCUUUGCUUCCAACCCCGAGUUUGCCAGCAUCCCCGCUCAAAUAAGCAAAGAGGGCUCUGCAGCGCAGGAACCCAUCCUCCAAUCGGCAGGCUCCAUGCUUGAUAGUUCCACUCAUCUCCUCAAAACUGCGCGCUCAUUGGUUAUCAACCCUAAGGACCCGCCCACGUGGUCCGUUUUGGCCGGUCAUUCUCGUACCGUCUCCGACUCCAUAAAGAGUCUCAUCACAGCCAUCCGGGACAAGGCCCCUGGACAGCGGGAGUGUGAUUCGUCCAUUGACAACAUUAACAAAUGCAUCCGGGACAUCGAACAAGCCUCUCUGGCAGCCGUCAGCCAGAAUCUGCCCAGCAGGGACGACAUCUCACUGGAGGCACUACAGGAGCAGCUGACGUCCACCGUGCAGGAAAUUGGACACUUAAUUGACCCCGUUUCCACUGCUGCCAGGGGCGAAGCUUCCCAACUAGGCCACAAAGUGACCCAGCUCGCCCGUUACUUUGAGCCGCUGAUCAGAGCAUCCGUGGGCGUCGCUUCCAAGCUGAAUGAUCACCAGCAGCAGAUGACUUUCUUGGACCAAACCAAGACCGUGGCCGAGUCUGCACUGCAGAUGCUCUACGCUGCCAAGGAGGGAGGAGGCAACCCGAAGGCAUCACAUACCCAUGAAGCCAUAGCAGAGGCAACUCAGCUCAUGAAGGAGGCGGUUGAUGACAUCAUGGUGACGUUAAACGAGGCUGCCAGUGAGGUGGGACUGGUAGGAGGGAUGGUGGAGUCCAUCGCUGAUGCCAUGGCCAAGUUGGAUGAGGGUACUCCCCCUGAGCCUGAGGGCUCGUUUGUGGAUUACCAGACCAGUAUGGUGAAAUAUUCGAAGGCCAUAGCUGUCACGGCUCAGGAAAUGAUGACCAAGUCGGUGACGAGUCAAGAUGAGCUGGGAGCCUUGGCAUCUCAAGUGACGGUGGACUACAGCCAGCUGGCGGUCGAGGGGCGGCUGGCUGCGUACACAGCUGAGCCAGAAGAGAUCGGCUUCCAGAUCAAGAACCGAGUGCAGGAGCUCGGCCACGGCUGCAUCUUCCUGGUCCAGAAGGCCGGUGCUCUGCAGAUCACGCCCUCUGACAGCAUCACCAAGCGAGAGCUUAUCGAUUGUGCCCGUGCAGUCACAGAGAAGGUGUCUUUGGUGCUUUCAGCCCUGCAGGCAGGUAACAAGGGCACUCAGGCCUGCAUCACAGCAGCCAGUGCCGUGUCUGGCAUUAUUGCAGAUCUCGACACCACCAUCAUGUUUGCCUCCGCUGGGACCCUCAAUGCCGAGAACGACGAGUCCUUUGCUGAUCACAGGGAAAACAUUUUGAAGACGGCCAAAGCUCUGGUGGAAGACACAAAGAUGCUGGUGUCUGGUGCAGCCUCCGGUCAGGAUCGGUUGGCUCAGGCCGCCCAGUCUUCUGCCAAAACCAUUACCCAGCUCACAGAUGUGGUCAAACUCGGGGCUGCCAGCAUCGGCGCCGACGACCCGGAGACCCAGGUGGUUCUGAUAAACGCUGUCAAAGAUGUGGCCAAGGCUCUGGCUGAGCUCAUUAGUGCCACCAAGUGUGCAGCUGGGAAAGGAGCAGAUGAUCCAUCCAUGUACCAGCUGAAGAGCGCUGCCAAGGUGAUGGUGACCAAUGUGACAUCUUUGCUGAAGACGGUCAAGGCUGUGGAAGACGAGGCCACUCGGGGCACCAGAGCACUGGAGGCCACAAUCGAAUGCAUCAAACAGGAGAUGGCGAUGUUUCAAUCCAGGGAUGCUCCAAACAAGACGACCACGCCUGAGGAGUUUAUUCGCAUGACUAAAGGGAUCACCAUGGCAACUGCUAAAGCAGUGGCUGCAGGGAACUCUGCCCGACAGGAAGACAUCAUCCAUACUGCCAAUCUGAGCCGCAAAGCUCUCUCUGACAUGCUGACCACAUGCAAGCAAGCGGCUUACCAUCCAGAGGUCAACAUGGAGGUGAAGAACAGAGCACUGAUGUUUGGAGCCGAGUGCACAGCUGGGUACAUUGAUCUGCUGGAACAAGUCUUGUUGGUCCUGCAGAAACCCACGGGAGAGCAGAAGCAGCAGCUGGCAGGCUGCUCCAAACGUGUGGCGGGUGCCGUCACAGAGCUCAUCCAGACUGCCGAGGCCAUGAAAGGUUCUGAGUGGGUGGACCCGGAGGAUCCCACAGUGAUUGCAGAGACCGAGCUGCUCGGAGCUGCGGCGUCCAUCGAAGCCGCAGCUAAGAAGCUGGAGCAACUCAAACCCAGGGCCAAACCUAAGCAAGCAGACGAGACGCUGAACUUUGAAGAACAGAUUCUGGAGGCAGCCAAGUCCAUCGCUGCAGCCACCAGCGCUCUGGUCAAAUCAGCGUCAGCCGCGCAGAGAGAGCUGGUCGCUCAGGGGAAAGUGGGCGCCAUCCCUGCCAAUGCCGUGGAUGAUGGACAGUGGUCUCAGGGCCUCAUCUCAGCCGCACGUAUGGUGGCGGCAGCGACGAGCAACCUGUGUGAGGCAGCCAACGCCUCGGUCCAAGGCCACGCCAGCGAGGAGAAGCUCAUCUCCUCGGCCAAGCAGGUGGCGGCCUCCACCGCCCAGCUGCUGGUCGCCUGCAAGGUGAAGGCGGACCAGGACUCCGAGGCCAUGAGGAGGCUGCAGAUGGCUGGAAACGCCGUGAAGAAAGCGUCAGAUAACCUGGUGCGUGCGGCCCAGAAAGCAGCUUUCGACAAAGCGGAUGAAGACAACGUGGUGGUCAAGACGAAGUUCGUGGGUGGAAUAGCGCAGAUUAUUGCAGCGCAGGAAGAAAUGCUGCGGAAGGAGAGAGAGCUGGAAGAAGCCAGAAAGAAGCUGGCUCAGAUCAGGCAGCAACAGUACAAGUUCCUGCCCAGCGAACUACGAGAGGAUGGCAACUAAUCACUGCGGCAUGUAUUUAAACGGGUGUGAAGAGUGCAUCUGUAUUUGCGUGCAACAUUUGUGUUCUUCUAAUGGCACGCCUGGACAGGUAUGUGACUGAUUUUCACAGAGCGGUGACGUCCAGGUCUGCAGUGAACACCGCUGACUUAUUGGUAUGGAAAAAUCUUAAAGUCAAUCACUACGAAUUUUAAAAUACUACUGCGUGGGACUGACUACUUCCUAAAAGCAACAAAAAGAUUGUGGUGAACCGACAUGAUUUUCUCUCAUUUCCUCAUGUAUAGCUUAACUACUUAAACCAUUGUAAACCAAAAUGUGACAUGCCUCGGACAAACGACACGGCUCACACGCUCUCGUUUGCCCUUGAGCUAAACUUUGAUUUCUUUUAACAGUUUGCAGCUUAAGCAUACAAACUUUAAAAUGAAGAACUGAUUGUAUUGCUUUUCAUGUCAUAUUGCUGUACAACUGCAACGUCAAUCUGAAAGCAAAAAAAAAAACAACAAACAUUUGAACUCUGUGUGAAUGUUGGCCUUUAUGCUCCUUUUUGCACCUUAAUGUCUGUGAGGAAUCAUGUAAAUCACUGUAGCAUGUUUUGACUUUUACUCUCCAUCCAUUACCCCGAAUAUGAAGGAAGGAUUUUUACCUAUUGGUGCUUUUUCUUUUCUUUUUUUUUUUUUUUUGGAUCAUGCAUUUCAAUAAUGGACAGUUAUUUUUUGCUUUUGCUGAAAGUUACAAAUCAAAGUUCCCUCCUCUCUUCAUGCAAAAUACCUUCAGAUGCAAAAACAUCUCAGUAUACAUGUCAGGUCCACCCACUUACCACGGUACCAUGUGAAUGCAUUUCUACAGAGGAUAACAUGUAACCAUAUAGCCAAUGUUUGAUUACUUCUUAGUAUUUUUAACAGAUAAGGGGUCCUUUUCAGGUUCAGAAAUCAUCUCGAUUCUCACAAUGCUACAACUAGCAGAGGCUUGUGUAGCUUCCAGAGAAGCCAUCCUCAAACUUGUUUUUGUUUUUUAAUUCCUCAUUUUAGAUAUUGAAACCCAUAUACUGUACACACGUUUGAUCAUGAUGCAAUACGAAGGAUGGUGCUUUAGGGGGCAGCAUUGGUUUCCUUUACGCCAUGCAAACAGUAAUAAUGUGGGGGAUGAUCUUGUUAUAAAUGAUUAUUUUUGGCUCCCACAUUGUGUGAAUUAAGAAUAAAUGUAAAGCAUACUGCUGAUCUCUAGAAUUAGCUGAAUGCCAUGUAGUGCCACCAUUGCAUGUGGUUGCUAAUAUCAGUAGGUGAACUAAGAUCAGUACAUUGAUAUUUGUGUCUCCCACUGUUAGAGUGAAUAAGUAUCUUUUCUAGCAAUACUCUUCACUGCCAGCGAUCCUUUUUGGUCAAUUCAGCUUCGGUAGUUUAAAUUCAUGAAGUGUCAGUGUUCAAAAAUUCAGAAAGAACUUGGCAGUAAGCUAACUCUGACCAACGUGUGACAGUUUGAGUACUGUUGAAAGUGAAGUGACUGUAAAGCUGCAGUUGAGCCGUCUCCUUUUCUGGGUAGUCUGUGCGACUUUACUGAAUAUGCUACUUGCUGCAACGGUAAAACAAUUUGUUUACCUUUUUCUUUUUUUAAUUGUAAUACAUUUUGUCUCCUUUUGUCUUACUACACGUUCUGUUACAAUAUCAAACUAAAGUGAAUUGUUGAGAGUAGGUUCUGCUGUGAAAAUGCAUGGCUUUGUGCUCCAGGUGCAGAGUUAAUCAGACCUCUAUGUAAGUACAAUAUACUACAGCACAUAGCUGAAGACAGAAUGUCACUUUUUUGUUUCUUUUGUGUUUUUUUUUUUUUUUUUUUUUUUUUUUAGAGUUGGGUCUGGGUUCAGAGGUGUUUUCUGUAUAAGUGUUGGAUGGAGGGAGGCGGGGAGCAUCCACUGCUUAUCAGUUAAGUCUGUAGUGUCAGUGCCUUAGUUUGUAGUCCAUAUGUCAGCCCUGCUUGAGCGACAGCUUCAUGCCAUUGGUCACCAGAAAGUACUGAACAAGCGAUUGUUGUUUAGGAAUGUUAGGUUCAUGUCUGUGGGCAUUUUUAACAUUUGUUGUCCCAUUUGUAACAGACUGUUCCUCCAAGUGCUGAAACAGCUGCACUCCCUUUAUCUCUCAUCUCCACAUGCGAAGCCUUUUGGGGAUAACAGAGGGACUGUCUGCCAGUCAAAAAAAAUAUAAGAAGAAAAAAAAAAAAGUUGCAGUUUACAAUGUGCUCUCAGUGUGUACACUGUAUAUGUAUAUUACAUAUGGACACAUUUUUGUACUGCUUUCUGCGGGCAUGUACAGUACCACAGUGCUUCUAAACUACAUGGACGGGAGAUUUGAGUCAGUCACCAGAUCUGUUGUGCGUUACCAAGUCUGCCAUUUUAUGGCCGGGCUUUCUUGUCCUUGUGGUUUGAAAUUCUAUGAAAGUAACAUGUGAUAGGAACAAUAUGAUAUACCUGUCACCAUUAAGAUGUUGUGAUGCAUUUUAAUGCUGUGAAAUAAUUGAAGUGUUAUGUAUGUUCCCUCCUCCCUUAACAGAAAUGAAAUUAGGAAGACGCUACAUUGAAUAUGAGUGAUAACUGACAUUAUGAAAGAUAUUUAUCUGGCUUCAAUAAAACUAUUUUUUGUAUUCACUUAAAAUAAAGCAUUUCAAUGUAAUUAAAA